AUGGAGGGUGGAGACGAGGACCUGCCCUUGGAGAUUGCUGACCUGCUGAGGAGCAUCAGAGCUUGCUCUCAUACUCACUCCUGUAGCCCGCCUAGCAGCGGCGCCGCCGGGCACACUCACACCUGCCGCCAUACUCACACCCAAGUCGUCGCCCCCGCCGCUGGAGCACCGGGAGGAGAGGCGAAGCGGAAGCAACCAAGGAAGCUUCUAGGGAACAGGGAGGCGGUCAGGAAGUACAGGGAGAGGAAGAAGGCCCGCACAGCAUUCUUGGAAGAGGAAGCUAAGAAGCUGCGCCUUCUGAACAAGCAGCUCAGUGCAAAAUUACAGGCCCUGGAAGAUCUUGAAGCCGAGGUGGUCAGGUUGAGGGGUCUUCUUGUGGAUCUCAGGGGGAAGAUCGACACUGAUAUGGGGGGCAGUCCUUUCCUGAACCCAUGUGACGAUCCUGGUUUCCAGUGUAAUCCAGAUCCAAACUUCACUGCGUGGACUGUUAACAUGCCCGGUUUGGAAGGAUGUUGUCGACCAGCUAGGGUGGAUAUCCAUAGUGACCCAGGUGCCCAUAUCAGGCAGAAUUCAGGCGCUGAGGCGGUGAGGCCUAUGGAUGCAGUCGGGAGCUUGGUCUCAUCCUCUUCUCAAGCUGAAUAA